AUGAAUUCUCACAUUUUCGACAUUCAACCACUUCAUCGCUUCUCCGGUUCGAAUGCAGCAAUUCGGCGGCCUAGGGAAAUCGCAUACUUCUCCUACGAUGACGAGCACAACUUCCGCCUCGAUGAAUCUUCAAUGCGAUACUACUACCCACCGCAACCGUCGCAAUUACCUCUCGAUUUAAGCGCCGGGUUCGACACGUUUCAGAAACUGGAUGAUGCGCCGGACGAGCACUUGGAUGCUCUAUUGGAUACGAUAGUAGCGUUGGAACAGAAUACAGAGAAGAAAUGUGAAGCGGAUAUUGUUACCUGGAGGGGUAUGAUGACGAAGAUCAUGACGGCGCCUUUUGACAUGCUGAAUGGGUUCGAGAUGAAUGCGACUUAUUUUCAGGUGGAAAAUAAUACAUAUAAGAAUGCACAAAAGGAGAUUCAACGGAAUCAACGAAUGCCACCUGGCAUGCCAUCACAAGACAUGAUGGCCUAUUGGGGAUACAAGUUCGAGACAGUCUCGGUCAUUCCGGAUACCUGGGGUGAAACAAGUCGCGAAAAGAUUGAAGGACGAAUUCACGAAAUCGUAAAUAACAAAGCUCAGUACUGCUCGGUUGUACGGACUGGAUUUGGAAAGGUGAAGUUGGUGAUAGGAGGUGAGGUAGAUGCAAUCUGGGACUGCAAACCCGUUCGCAAAGAAGACCCAAUCAACUGGGUAGAGCUGAAAACAACUGCCGAGCUAUUCAACGACAAGGAGAAGCUCAAAUAUGAGCGUAAACUGCUCAAAUUCUGGGCACAGUCUUUUCUUCUAGGGGUUCCCAAGAUUAUUGUCGGAUUUCGCGACAGAGAUGGCAUGCUUCUGCGGCUCGAAGAGCUAGAAACUCAUGGGAUUCCUGGCAAGGUCAAACGAGAGGGUCGAGGCAGUUGGGAUGGAAAUAUCUGUAUCAACUUUACCGCAACUUUUCUUGAAUGGCUUAAAACCAUAGUCAACACCGAGGGUACAUGGCGGAUUCGCAAAAGAGAAAAAUCACCAGUCAUUGAGGUUUUCAAGGUCGAAGAAAGUGGCAAUGGUGGCAUAUUAUCUUCCAGUUUUGUCGAGUGGAGGACGAAGCAGUGA